AUGUCCAGGGGCGCCGAUGAGAGAGCGCAGGUAGAGCACGAAGGUCUGAGGGAAAAGGGGAUAAGUGCGCACGCGGAUGGGUCUAGUCCGAGGAAAACUCGCGGUCUGCUUAAUGUCCCGUCAAGGUCAUCCUCCCAAAAAAUACAACCGUCGUCAGCAACAACGGGCCUGAGCGGCACCACCGCGGAGGAUCCGAGAGAUAGUAUUGGUAGUCGGUCCAAGGAGUCAAAGCACAGUAUGCUUGGCCGCCGUCGAAAUGGCAGUGCAUCCAGCAAUCACUCCGGCGCUGCCACGAAUCCUCCCACUACACCGAGCAUGUCGCAGCCAAAUUCUCCGGCUGGGGCUCCCCAUCGACGGAAGAAGGGCGGGCUACUGUCGCUUCUUGGCUGCUGUGUUGUCCCCAAUCAUGCUAACAACCUCGAUGGUGGUGAAGAUCCACUCCCGUCUCACAAGCUCGACAAGAUCCCCCAACGGCCGCUGACCUCUAGCCGACGAACGAUAACACCCUCGGAGCAGAACAGCGGCAGCAAGACGCAGCUAUACGAAAAGGAGAAGGAGCCGCUACCCCAGCCAGGCACGGCGGCGGCUCAAGACACCCCCAAGUCGACGAAGCGAGUUUCCGGUUCGACGACUCAGGAUCAGUCGACGGUUGGCGACCGCGAGAGCGAAUCAAAGCAGACCACCCUAGUCGGUGUGCCCGGCCCCAGCAUCACGGUCAACCCUCCGGUCGCCGAGGAUCAUGAGGCGGAGGUGGCUCCCGUCGAAGUUCCUUCCCCCAGUGAUGUCGAUGGGGAUGUCGAGAUGGCGGAUACGGAGCAAGCUACAAGCGAACACGCCAAGCAGACAGGUCCGGCAGGCGACGACCAGUACCCGAAACCAGUCCCUCCGCCCCCACCGCCAGGACCAGGACCGAUACCGAUUGUGAGCCCAGACCCAAUAGUGCACGACGACGCAUCGGCGGACGUGGAACAAGGUCAACCAAAGUUUCUGCUACCCCCCAUCGAGCCUCAUCUCAAGGGCAGGAAGUGUCUCGUGCUCGAUUUAGACGAGACCUUGGUGCACAGUUCUUUCAAGAUCCUGCAUCAAGCCGACUUCACGAUACCCGUCGAGAUCGAGGGCAACUAUCACAAUGUCUAUGUCAUCAAGCGGCCUGGUGUCGAUCAGUUCAUGAAGCGGGUCGGUGAGCUUUACGAAGUAGUGGUUUUCACAGCAUCGGUCUCCAAGUAUGGCGAUCCGUUGCUCGACCAACUCGAUAUCCACAACGUCGUCCACCAUCGGUUAUUCCGCGAGAGCUGCUAUAAUCACCAGGGCAACUACGUCAAGGAUCUGUCCCAGGUCGGCAGGGACCUCAAGGAUACGAUAAUUAUCGACAAUUCUCCCACCUCGUACAUCUUCCACCCGCAGCACGCCGUGCCGAUUAGUAGUUGGUUCUCGGAUGCGCACGACAACGAAUUAUUAGACUUGAUACCCGUUCUCGAAGACCUGGCCGGACCUAAUGUCCAGGACGUCAGCCUGGUUCUCGAUGUCACUCUUUGA